CCGAUACACAUUUUUCAAAGUAACCUCGAUGAUAAAUGUUUCUUUGAUUCUGAGUUAAACAGCAUUGAAAUGGAUGAAUCUCGUCAAGACUAUGGUUCUGUCAUCAACAACUGUAAUGACAGCGUUAAGAACAUCUAUCGCUUCCUCGUCAAGAGAUUAUUUGUGAUAUUGAGUCUGGCGGCUGUCUGUCUGGGGGUUGCAUUUGGCUUGGCUGCCAAGACCCUCUUGGAUAUUUCAGACAAUGUCAUACUUUUCAUUGGCUUCCCGGGAGAAAUCCUCACACGGUUUCUUCAGAUGGUCACCGCUCCACUCAUUAUAUCAAGUGUGAUAAUCAAAGUUACUUCCCUGAGUGCUGGCACCUCCAAACGUAUAGCUAUAUGUACAGGCUUGUACUAUUUCUUCACCACUCUAAUAUCCAUUUCUACAGGGUUAAUCUUGGUUCUACUGCUAAAGCCUGGGAUUUACCAUUCUGAUGUCAUGAUUAAGGAAGACAGUGAUGUCGUCUUUUCCAUGGCUGAUGCUCUGUUGGACCUUAUGAGGAACAUGAUGCCCGCAAAUCUGCUUCAGGCUCACUUCAAUAAGUAUAAGACUGACCGACUGGAGUUUCAAAUUCCAUCACAUGAGCCUAAUUCUACUGAAACGAACAGCACUGAAGUGCGCCUUUUUGGUCACUUUGUCGGAGGAGUCAACAUAGUGGGUCUGAUUGUGUCCUCCUUUAUUUUUGGACUAACCCUAAAGAUGAUGGAACAGAGAGGGGAAACCCUUCUUGAGCUCGUAGGCAUAGUCAAUGAGGUCACCAAGCAAUUGGUUGCCUUGAUUAUGUGGUACUUGCCGAUAGGAGUACUGUCCAUGAUGGCAACCCAUGAGCUUGAAGUUGAUGACUGGGAUUCUGUAUUCAAAACUGGGGGCUUUGUGAUUUUGAUUUUCACUGGGCUCAUAGUCCAUGGAGUAAUAGUCCUACCAACAAUCUAUCUUGUUGUGGUGAGAAGAAACCCAUGGUCAGUCAUUAAGGGGGUCUGUCCUGCAUUAGUGACUGCAUUUCUCACUUCCUCCAGCUCUGACACACUGGAGCUCACAAUACAAUGCUGUGAGAACAGAAACAAGAACAGUCGCAGAGUCACUCGCUUCAUGCUGCCCAUCCUUAGCAGUGUCAACAUGAACGGUACCGUCCUGUACGAGGUGGCUGCAGCCAUUUUCAUUGCUCAACUCAGCCACAUCAGUCUGAACUUCAGACAGAUAGUCACGAUUGGGAUGACAGCAGCAAUCACCAGCACAGGACCAGCAGAUAUCCCAAUGACAGGAGCGGUGUCAACCUUCUUUAUUCUAACUGCAAUCAGUGUACCUACACAAGAAGCCUCCAUGUUGGUGGCUGUAGAAUGGCUGCUAGAGCACUGCAACACUGCUGUCAAUGUUUUGGGAAACUGCAUUGGCGUGGCAGUUGUUGAGCACCUGUCCAAAAAGGAACUGGAAGAGGAAGAGGAUCAGCUGAGGACAAGGGCGUCUGACAGUGCUGUGGAAGAGCAGGUCCAGGAUGACGAGGUCAGUCCCGGCAUGCUGCACUCCUUAUAGGCUGAUAAGUCCCUUCCUGACCUCCCCAAAAUGGAAUCCCUUCAAAGCCACGUCACAGAAACCAGGCACCUGUCACAAAAACUCCCUUCGGUGCCCCUUUCUUAAUCUUAGUUGCUAUUUGAAAUUAUUCUGGUGUGAACCUGGUUUUAAGAUUAAUUUUGUUUAAUUAAUGACAAUUUACUCUGAUAGACUUACAAUGUAGUCAUUAUUAGCUGUUUGAAUUAUACUCAUAUUAAUAUAUAUUGUAAUUGAAUGUGUGAGUUAGUUAUUCAUUGAAACUAUGUCAAUACAUGUUGUUUUUGAAUUGAAUAAAAUUGAGUUGAUAUGAUAAAUAUAGACUUUUAUUCUACAUGGAUCUGUUUAUUAACCUAGAAUAAGGAGCAUCUGUACUCAGAUAAACAGGUGUUUAC